UGAGAAUUUAACUUCACGAUGUGAUUUUAUCAAGGUUGCAGCUAGAGUGUGAUUCAAUCCACAUUCGUGCGACAUCAGCUGGUCGGUCAAUCACAACUACAGUGGCUUAACUUCACAACACAGUAUUUUUAAGACUUAUUAACUAUUUAUUCGUAGCAAUGUCUAUGUCAAGGUUAAUCAGCGUUAAUUCCAAGCGAUAUUUUUCAAAAACAAGCAAACUACACGAUACUCACAGUUGUAAACUACUAAUAGUUGGUGGAGGAGCUGGUGGUUGUACAGUUGCAGCAAAAUUAGCCAACAACUUCAAGAAACAUGAAAUUAUCGUCGUGGAACCGGCCGAAUACAAUUAUUAUCAACCAUUGUUUACUUUGAUUGGUGGCGGUACGAAAACUAUUUCGGAUGCACGUAAACCCAUGGGUCAGGUGUUACCCAAAAAUGUCACAUGGGUACAGGAUGCUGUGCGAGAGUUUUCCCCGAAAGAGAACUGCGUUUCUACAGGGUGUGGUCAUACGAUCAAGUACGAUUUUAUGCUUAUAGCGACCGGACUUCAAUUGAAUUAUGAUAAGAUUCCUGGCCUUCUUGAUGCGUUGAAACAAAAGGAUAGUGGUGUCUGCAGUAAUUAUUCAGAGCUUUAUGUUGAGAAGACUUUUGAGAGUCUUAAAAGAUUUAAGAAAGGCAAUGCUAUAUUUACAUUGCCGAAUACCCCGUUAAAAUGUCCUGGGGCGCCACAGAAAGCAGCUUAUAUUGCUGAUGCUUUCUUUAGGAAGAAUAACAAACGAAACAAUGCGAGAGUAAUCUACAACACCUCGUUACCAGUCAUCUUCGGCGUGAAAAAGUACGCGGAUGCCCUGUGGAAGGUCGUGGAAGGCCGCGACAUCGACGUCAACCUUCGCACAAAUCUCGUAUCAAUCGAGCCAGGGAAAAAUGUUGCGACUUUCGAGAAUCUGGAAAAACCCGGUGAAACACACGCUGUCAAUUACGAAAUGUUGAAUGUGACACCACCAAUGUGCACCCCGAAUGACUUAAGAAAGUGCCGUGAAUUGGUCAAUGACGCUGGCUUCGUGGAUGUUAAUAAAGACACCAUGCAAAGCACUAAAUUCGACAAUGUUUUCGCCAUCGGUGAUUGUGCAAGCUCACCAAAUUCGAAAACUUGUGCGGCUGUUGCUUCACAAUCAACAGUUAUUGCAGCCAAUAUGACAGCGGUGAUGUCCGGAAAUAAACCAGAAGCCAUCUAUAAUGGUUAUGCAUCAUGUCCGCUUGUAACCGGCUACGAUAAAUGUAUCCUAGCUGAAUUUGAUUAUAACCUAACUCCAAUGGAGACAUUUCCAUUCAAUCAAGCAAGAGAAUUGCGCAGUAUGUACAUCAUGAAGAGGGAUAUAAUGCCGACUGUGUACUGGUUAAUGCUGCGUGGAUAUUGGGGUGGUCCAGCAACAAUGCGGAAAUUCAUGCGCCUCGGAUUCGCGUGAAUUAAUUUAAUAAUGUUUUUUAUUGUACGUUAUCAAUUGGCUUGUAAACAAGAUGUGUGAUAAUAUUAAACAAUCAAAGCGA